GCUCAUUUCACCCCGCGAACGCCUUUGUGACGGCAGACAGCAGACAGCGAGCGGAGUGGAGUUUGUGUUGACUGAGCAGCAGCAGCGACAGACAGGAGACAGACAGACAAGCAGACAGGGGAGAGGCAGACGACUGUCGCUGCUACUGCUGCUGGUUGUAGUUUGUCUUCCUCAACCGCACAGUGGCGCUGUGUUUGCUGGUGGGACGGAAAAGCAAGCACACGUACUUUGCGUUGGACGCUGCGACAGCAUCAACAUCACUAGCACCAGCAACGACAACACCAGAUACCAGACAACACAACAGCACCAGGCUCUUCUUGCUUUGAUUGAUUGAUCCCCCCUCUCCUCCCACACGCACACAGCCAUGGAGUGGGCUGAAGAUCCUCAAUAUGUCGGAGACAUCUCGUCUCAGGAGUGGCCGCAGGGAUGCUGGGACGUGAUCAACGCAUACUUCAACGAGAAAGGUCUUGUGCGGCAGCAGCUUGACUCGUUCGACCACUUUAUCCAGUACGGCAUCCAGGACGCCGUGGAGAAGAGCCCUGCUUUGGAGAUUGAGGCAAAACCCCAGUACACAACCAACGAGUUUGAAGAGCCGCCGAGCUACAGCGUCAAGUUCUGCGAAGUGUCUCUCAGCAAGCCCACACAUUACGAGGAGGACGGCACGAGCCAUUUCCUGUACCCCAACGACGCGCGCUUGCGCAACUUGACGUACUGGUCGGAGAUGUUUGUCGAGGCCGAGGAGACCUAUCGCGAGACACAGGACAGCGAGCCAGAGACGACCACGACGUCUGUGCAUCUCGGCAAGAUCCCGAUUAUGCUGCGCUCCAAGUUCUGUCUUCUCAACGGCAAGCUAAACGACGACCUGUACAACCUCAACGAGUGCCCGCUCGACCCCGGUGGCUACUUCAUCAUCAACGGCUCAGAGAAGGUGCUGCUGGCACAGGAGAAGAUGGCGCCAAACACCGUCUUCGUCUUUGAGAAGAAGGAUCCAAAGUAUCUCUUUGUGACGGAAAUCAAGUCCGUGCUCGAGCGCAGCCCGCGCCCGCCAAGUUCGUUGCUUGUGAAACUGCUGCGGGGAUCACAGAGCGCUGCCCGGAGCGGCCCCGUGCUGCACGUGACACUGCCGUAUGUGCGGCAGGAUGUACCGGUGGUCGUUGUGUUCCGCGCGCUCGGAUUUGAGGACGACAGGUCCAUUUUGGAGCACAUCAUCUACGACUUCAAUGACAUGGAGAUGAUGGAGAUGCUCAAGCCGUCGCUGGACGAGGCGUUUGUCAUCCAGAACAGGGACGUUGCUCUGGACUGGAUUGGCAAGCGCGCUGUGCAGAGCCCGGCCAUCUCCAAGGAGCGCCGUAUCCACUACGCAAAGGACAUUCUGCAGAAGGAGCUCCUGCCCCACAUUGGCCUCGGCCCACACUGCGAGACGAAGAAGGCGUUUUUCCUCGGCUACAUGGUGCACCGCACGCUGCAGGCUGCCCUGCGCCGCCGCCAGCUCGAUGACAGAGACCACUAUGGCAACAAGCGUCUUGACAUGUCUGGCCCGCUCACGGGCUUUCUCUUCCGCACUCUUUUCCGCAACGUCACAAAGGAGCUGAGAAGCUACAUCCAGAAGAAACUCAACCGGAGCGAGGAGAUUAAGCUCAGUGCCGGCCUCAACUCAAAGCAGAUUGAGAGUGGGCUUCGGUACUCGUUUGCGACGGGUAACUGGGGCACGCAAGCCAAGGCCUUUGAGGCACGCGCUGGCGUGUCGCAGGUGCUGAACAGGCUCACGUUUGCCUCCACGCUCUCGCACCUCCGCCGCCUCAACUCGCCCAUUGAGCGCACGGGCAAGAUUGCCAAGCCACGGCAGCUGCACAACACCCACUGGGGAUACAUCUGCCCUGCAGAGACACCGGAGGGCCACGCUGUUGGGCUGGUGAAGAACCUUGCGCUGAUGGCGUCGGUGACGGUUGGCGGCGACGCAACACCUGUGCUUGAGCUGCUCAACUCCAUUGGCAUGGAGAGCCUUGAUGACCUCGCAUCAAGAUCCGUCAUCAGGGAUACGACGAAGAUCUUUGUGAACGGCGCGUGGGUUGGCAUCCACAUGGAGCCCGAGGAAGUGGUGCGGAACCUGCACCUCUGCCGCCGCACACAGGCCGACAUGAUUCAGAGCGAGGUCUCCAUCUUCAGGGACAUCCGCGAGCGCGAAAUCCACGUCUACUCAGACUCUGGGCGGUUGACGCGGCCGCUGCUGAUUGUGGAGAAACCCGAGUUGGAUGACACGUUUCACGAUGGCACACAGCAGCAGCAGACACUCGCCCUCAAGAAACAGCACCUUGAGAAGCUGCAGAGCGCUGCGAUGCAGAAUGCGUUUGAGGCGACAUACUCUUGGAGCGAUCUCGUGCGCGAGGGGCUGGUCGAGUACAUUGACGUCAACGAAGAAGACACCACCAUGAUUGCAAUGACGCCGGACGAUUUCGAGAUGAGCGAUGAGCAGGACCUGUACUGCACGACGUACACGCACUGCGAGAUCCACCCGAGCAUGAUUCUCGGCAUCUGCGCGUCCAUCAUCCCCUUCCCCGACCACAAUCAGAGUCCCCGUAACACGUACCAAUCUGCCAUGGGCAAGCAGGCCAUGGGCAUCUACACCACAAACUUCCACAUCCGCCUCGACACGCUCGCCCACGUCCUUUACUAUCCACAGCAGCCGCUCGUCAAGACCAGGUCAAUGGACUACAUGUACUUCAAAGAUUUGCCUGCAGGCAUCAAUGCCAUUGUUGCCAUCAUGUGCUACACGGGCUACAACCAAGAGGAUUCCGUCAUCAUGAACAAGUGCGCCGUCGACCGCGGCCUCUUCAGGUCUGUCUUCUACCGCUCGUACGCGUCAUCGGAGGAGAACACGGGCCGCGAAGUCAUCAAGUUUGAGAAGCCCUCCCGGGAGACGUGCGCAGGCAUGCGCAACUCAAACUACGGCAAGCUUGAGGACGACGGGCUGAUUGCGCCGGGGACGAGCGUGACUGGCGACGAUGCCAUCAUCGGCCGCACCAUGGAGCUCCCGCCCAACGCAGAGGCGCGCGACAGCCGCCUUGCCCGCUUUGAGAAGCUCGACAAGAGCGUGUUCCUGCGCGCGAGCGAGAACGGCAUCAUUGACCAGGUCAUGGUUGCCAUGGGACCAAAGGGGACCCGCUUUGUCAAGAUUCGUGUCCGCUCCAUCCGCGUGCCACAGAUUGGUGACAAAUUUGCCAGUCGCCACGGACAGAAGGGUACCUGCGGAAUGCAAUACAGCCAGGAGGACAUGCCGUUCACCUGCCAGGGCAUUACGCCUGACAUCAUUGUGAACCCGCACGCCAUUCCGAGCCGUAUGACCAUCGGGCACUUGAUUGAAUGUCUGCUGGGCAAGGUUGGCUGCCUGGAGGGUGCAUUUGGCGACGCAACGCCCUUCAUCGAAGUCACCGUCAACGAAGUCGCCAGCGCUCUCGAGGCACACAACUUUCACAAGUACGGCAACGAGGUGCUGUACAAUGGCUUUACGGGGCGCAAGAUGCAGGCGCAGGUGUUCUUUGGGCCCACGUACUACCAGCGCCUCAAGCACAUGGUCGAUGACAAGAUUCACGCCCGCGCCCGCGGUCCGCUGCAGAUUCUGACAAAGCAGCCCGUCGAGGGUCGGUCGCGUGAUGGUGGCCUUCGCUUUGGUGAAAUGGAGCGUGACUGCAUGAUUGCGCACGGGUCUGCCCAGUUCCUUCGGGAGCGCCUGUUUGAGGUGUCGGACCCGUACCGCAUCCACGUCUGCGACAUCUGCGGCCUCAUCUGCAUCGCCAACCUCAACAAGAAUGAGCUGGAGUGCAAGGCCUGCAGCAACACCACCAGGGUGUCACAAGUGCGCAUCCCAUACGCGUGCAAGCUGCUGUUCCAGGAGCUCAUGUCCAUGUGCAUUGCACCUCGCAUUAUGACAGACAACUCCCAUGCUUAGGCUUUCUCUCUUUGUGUGUAUCGGCGUUUGUACGUGUUCAUGUGCGCUCGCGUGUUCGUCCAUCUGUGUGUGUGUGUGUGUGUGUGCGUGUGCGUUGGCGUUUCUCAUCCUGCUCUCAACCAAAGAAAGAAUGCGUCAUGUGCGCCCGUGUGGGUGUAGUUCCUGUGACACUUGUGCUUGGUUGUGUGUUGUGUUUGUAACGACGGUUGCCCUUGCUCGUGCAUGUAUCGGUUAAUGAAACCUUGCCAAAACCAAAACCAAAGCCAC